CAGACCCGCACCUCCAAGUCUCCAACCGCCACCUCGUCCUCCUCCUCCAUCCCUCGGCCCGAACCCGGCCCGCGUUCCCCUCUCCCCCGCGCCGCCGGCGGGGCCGACGCGCCGCCGCCCGCUCCCGCCGCGUCGCCAAUGGAGGCGAAGAAAUGCGUGGAAGGGAUUGAUUUGAAUGAACCACCACACAAAAACCGAGGUGUCAGGUUGAGCCAUGUACUGCUGCAAAAGGAUUGUAAGAAUAUAUGCCGCACAAAAGCUUGUGAUGUUUCAAUAGAAUUGCCCUCUCUUUGGUCAAUUAGUAAUUUCGUGUCAAGUAAGGUAUACGAGCUGAAUAAUUUCCUGAAUUUUUCACUGUAUCCUGAUCCGGAAGAUGCUCGCCAGAGUAGUGAAUGGGGAAAGUUUAUGCAUUUCCUUUGGCACAAUAAGAGGGCCGGUAUUGUUAGACAUGGGUCCUUCACCUUCCAUAUUCUUCCUGCUCAAUCUGAAGAACGCCCUAACUACUCACAUGCUGUGAUCUUGUACGAGACUGAACGAAAAGAUCCUGUAAUCUGCAAAAGGAGGACCGGAAUAUCCGAGAAAUCCAACAAAAGCGAGGAGAUCUGUGAUAGUGUACCCAAUCCAAGAGGGCUGAAUGCUUCACAUAUACACCAUGAUCCAGAAUCCUCACCAUGUGAAUCUGUUGAAGAUGGUAAUAGAAUUUCAGAUUCAUUAGUGAAAAGGGGAAAAUCUACUCUUAGAAGAAAUUUCGUCAGCACAGACCCUACUUAUCUCCGAACACUCAGUCAGACACAUGCUGGUUGGAUCUUUGGAGCAAUAGCAGAGCUCAUUGACAACUCCAGAGAUGCUGGUGCAUCCAGGUUGGAUAUUUUCAUCCAAACUAUGUUUUCGAAGAAAGCAGCAGGCAGUCCUGUUUUAUCUGUGAUUGAUGAUGGGCGUGGCAUGGCUUACCCUGAAAUGAUGAGAAUGAUCUCAUUUGGUCAUAAACGACCAAAUGAACAUUGCAAUGAUCAGAUUGGGAGGUUUGGAAUUGGAUUUAAGACUGGUGCAAUGAAACUUGGGAAAGAUGCAAUUGUGCUUACCCAAACUUCAACUUCCAGAUCAGUGUCCUUUCUAUCCCAGUCUUUUAAUGAAAAUAAAGAUAAUCUUGAGAUCCCUGUGGUGACCUAUCGCAAGGAAGGACAAUACAUGGAAGUUGAUUUGAGUGUCCAGUCUGAAGCUACUGCAGAAUAUAACCUGAACGCUAUCAAGGAAUUCUCUCCCUUUAAUGAGUAUUUCAUCGGAGAAAAGCUAGGUUUAUUUGGUGAAGAGGGUACUGGAACACAGAUAUAUAUAUGGAAUUUAGAUAGGUGGGGUAAAGACUACACCUUGGACUGGAAUUCAGGGAGGACUGAUGAAAACCCCACUGACAAAGGUCAUGGAGACAUAUUAAUCCGGUCAAAAAGAGUAAGAUCACGUCCAGGACAAACAAGUAAACAGGUCCCAUUGGACUAUUCACUUCACUCUUAUCUGGAAGUUAUCUUCCGGAAUCCUCGAAUGAAAAUCACAGUGCAAGGGUCUAAGGUCAAAGCGCGCCCUUUGGACAAGAGCCUUAACACAACUUCAGUGAUUUCUGGUGACAUUGCGGGAAGGACCAUUGAGUUGACUAUUGGAAUGAGCAAAGUAGAAUGGGAAAGAACGAACUGUGGGGUUUUCUUGUAUUGGCGUGGUCGACUAAUAGAGUCUUACAAACGAGUUGGAGGUCAAAUGCAUAAUGCUGACACGGGACGUGGAGUAAUAGGAGUUGCAGAUAUUACAGAACUCGUUGAUGAUGAAGAUGGCAAUUCAUGGGUUCUUAACAGCAAACAAGGGUUUCAAGAUUGUGAGAUGUAUGCUGAGCUGGAGGAAUGGCUGGGUAGCAGUAUGGAUGAAUACUGGGAGACAAAUUUUGACAAUGUAGAAUUGGGAAAAGCAGCCGGCCGCUGCAAGCCUGAUCAUGAAUGGGUUCAGUGUUAUGGCUGUCGUAAAUGGAGAGUGUUGACUGCCGGCUUUGAUACGGAGUCUCUACCAGAUCAAUGGUUUUGCUUGAUGCCACCCUUCAAUGGGAAAUGUACGAUACCAGAGCAACAAAUGGGCCAUGGUACCAUAACCAUAGGCGAGAAAAGGUCCGGUAAUGUUGGCCGCAAUAGGAUUAUCCAGCGGGAAUCUACAGCUAAGGUUGAUACAAACAAAAUAGGGAACAAUGAGUUCAGUCAGGAUGAAGAUGUGAAGAAUGUAAAGCUAAUCCCAACAAUUGUCAACAAGCGAAAGAAUACUUCCAACGGCACGAACAGCAUCGAAGAUGAUUUGGACAGCAAUUCCUCGCAAACCGAGUCUGUUGCCCCUGUCCAUGUUUUGAAGAGGAUACGGAGGGGUGCCGCAAGAGGUUGCAAGACGUGAUGAUGAAUGACAAUGCACGCCAGCAAAAUUUCCUUGGAACGUUCCUGGGUGCUGCAGCAGUUAGAUCAUGAUCGUUCGGCUUAAACAAACUCCAAUAGUUAACCAAAUUCGUGUCUGUAGAUAGCUUCCGUGGCAGUGAAACUAGUGUGUUUGCCAAACGUGGAGAAGUGGGAUCGAAGCUAACCAAAUGUGUGUGUAACUACUAACUAGUGUCUGUCGGUUUUGCCUUGGUAUGCUAUAACUCCCGUUGCACUCCCACUCAUGGUUGUGCUGUGCUUGUGCAAGUCUAUUCACACAGUGGGCCAAGUCAGUGGUUUGGUAAGUCGUCCAAAAAGCUACAGAGAGUGAUGUCUCUACAACUGCAACAGUGAUGAGUGAAUUCUGAACUUAAAAGUUUUUGUGUUUGCUA